AUGCCGUCGCAAUUGGACGCGCUCCCACCUGAAAUUCUCUUCAACAUACUCUCCUUCACCGAACCCACCUACGACCCAACGCUCAUAUCCUAUUCACUCAACGCUCUCGCAGGAACAAACAAACAUCUCAACUCUGUCGUCGAAGAGUACGCGCGCGGUCUGCUGAAGCAACAUGCCAACAUUACGCCUCGAAAGUCUUCCAAGAUAUUUACAUGUCGGAGAAAGUGGCUGGCGGAGAUCUGUCAAUUCUGCAAGAAGCUCAGCAAAAGAACGGCAAUUCUAUACCCCUCAUUGACCUGCUGUCGCGCAUGCGACAGAGAGCAUUUCCCGAAGAUGACGAUGACAAAUGCCACCCAAGACUACAACCUCUCUAAGCUCGACCUCUUUACACCCAACGCCCUCCACCCGCGCCUCCCUCGCCUUGCAACCGGUGCAUACAAAGUCAUGGGCGGCAAUGCGGUUAUGGUGGCAGAGGCCGACGUCCUUGCGCGGCGCGACCACGUCUACAAGCUUCUCGGCGAAAAAGCUCAGGAUGCAAGCUACAUGCGCAAGCGGCCUGCAACGCAUAACCGCAUCACUCAGCAUUUGGGAAUCGUAUGGAACUGUACAAAUGGUAGUUGGGGGAAGGGGUCUGGACCAUCGUCGACGCUGCCGAAAAGCAUGAGAACAGAGGAGGACAGGAAGGAGUACGUGAAGAAGGCGCUGCAGAAGGAGUGGGCUGCUAUGAAUGUGAAUAAAUAUGGGUUUCCGCAGGAUCCUCCUAUUGAAUUUGAUUGA